AUGGCGUAUGGCGAUGAUGUCUUUGCGCGAGCUACGCGGCAGAAGAAUGAUCCAUUUCUACGCGGUGGCACCGCAAGUAGACGUUUUCUGCAGAAGUACCGCACCUUCCCAUACCCUGUGCGAAUGUCUGGUCUCUUUCUUGUCGGCUUCAUAUUGGGAAGCAUCAUUGAGACUUUUGCUUGCAAAACGCACAUGUACGAAAGUGUAAUGUCAAAAAAGGACACACGUCGACACGACUUUGAUGAAUUUGUCGUAGACUUUCGUCAGAAUGUAGAGCGAUGGCAGAGACAGGAUAUGGUACAGAAACAUCAGUGA